UCUGGGGAUGCUUGAGAAAGCAAGAUGGAAGACUCGAGUCUUGAAGUAGCCCUGAAAUGGAUAAAAGACCUUGCAGAUGGUACUAUUGGUCAUGAGAUAGAGACAAUAACCGCAAGGGGUAUCCGUGUUGUAAAGGCACAUAAAGGUUCCCUCCUUUGUGACUUCAUCAUACACAACGGCUUGUUGGAUGAAAAUGAAAAUUGGCAUGUGGGUGCAAUAGCAACAUUAGUUGACAUCAUUGGCAGCACUGCCUCCUACUCCUUUACUUCAUAUAAAUAUGUCACUAUUGAUUUCAGUAUAUCAUACUACUCAACGGCAAAGGUUCAGGAAGAGGUUGAAGUAGAGGCAAAGGUUAUAGCAAAGAAGGAUGAAUUGACUUCUGUGAUUGUGCAAGUUAGGAAAAAGGAGAAUGGUGAAUUGAUUGCUCUUGGAAAGCUAUGGAUGGCAGUUGCUAGAAUGAAUGCAAGACAACAGGCUAGUAAACUCUAACAUCUUAAUUUGGUGCUUGAAUAUAAGACCCUCGGAGAGCAAUUUC